GGUGGUAAAGCGUCCAGCUGCCCUUCUUGUCCAGUUUGUGGCCUUGCUUCCUCAUCUUUUGCUUCUUCCGCCCCCACCCCUUCCUCUUAAAGCAGCAGAUCCCACCCUCCUCUCUCUCUCUCUCUCUCUCUCUCUCUCUCUCUCUCAUCACCUUCCUUUCUAUUUUCAAGGAUUUUGGUGGGUUUUUUUAGUUGCAGCUUGAUUCAGUUCAGUAGAGAGAGAGAGAGAGAGGAGGAGGAGGAGGAGGAGGAGAGUGAGAUGCUUGUGGGUGGUGCUUUGCAGAUCUAAGUGAAAGGAUGCAGGUCGAUCAGAGAAGAAAGCGCUAGAGUUUUAUCUUUGCGGAACGCUUUACUAAAGUGCUGCUGCUGCAAAUAGAACUAGAAGCUAGAAGUUGAAGCAAAGGUAAACAGGCCCUAGAUCCAAUUUAAGAAAGAAGGUCAAAAGGCUAUUGCUCGUCGGUUUAUGCUCCUAUCGAAGGAGGUGCAAUCCUAACAUUCAGCAAAUGGCUAAUAUUGGAAAGGCAUCAGCUGAAAAGGACUUCUUUACGGAAUAUGGUGAGGGUAGCAGGUACAGGAUAGAAGAAGUGAUAGGGAAAGGGAGUUACGGUGUUGUCUGUUCUGCCUUAGAUACUCAUGCUGGUGAAAAGGUUGCGAUCAAGAAGAUAAACGAUAUAUUCGAACACGUCUCUGAUGCCACACGCAUACUUCGGGAGAUCAAGCUUCUCAGACUCCUUCGACAUCCCGACAUAGUUGAAAUCAAGCACAUAUUGCUGCCUCCCUCAAGGAGGGAGUUCAAAGACAUAUAUGUUGUUUUUGAACUCAUGGAAUCUGAUCUGCACCAGGUUAUAAAGGCUAACGAUGAUCUCACUCCAGAGCACUAUCAGUUCUUCCUUUAUCAACUGCUUCGAGGUUUGAAGUACAUACAUACAGCAAAUGUUUUCCAUAGGGAUCUCAAACCCAAAAAUAUUUUAGCAAAUGCUGAUUGCAAACUCAAGAUAUGUGAUUUUGGCCUUGCAAGGGUGGCUUUCAGCGAUACUCCUACUGCCAUCUUUUGGACGGACUAUGUUGCAACAAGGUGGUAUAGGGCACCUGAAUUAUGCGGAUCUUUUUUCUCUAAGUAUACACCAGCAAUAGAUAUUUGGAGUAUUGGCUGUAUCUUUUCUGAAUUGUUAACUGGAAAGCCUCUGUUUCCUGGAAAAAAUGUGGUCCACCAAUUAGAUUUAAUAACAGAUCUUUUGGGGACGCCUUCUCUAGAAGCAAUUGCCAGGGUGCGAAAUGAGAAAGCCAGACGGUACUUAAGUACCAUGCGCCGAAAAAAACCUAUACCCUUCUCUCAUAAAUUCCCUAAUGCGGACCCACUUGCCCUUCGUUUAUUAGAGAGGAUGCUUGCUUUUGAACCCAAGGAUCGCCCUUCUGCUGAGGAGGCUUUGGCUGAUCCCUAUUUCAAGAAUAUAGCGAAAGUCGAGAGGGAGCCUUCUGCUCAACCUGUUACAAAAUUGGAGUUUGAAUUCGAGAGGAGAAGGAUUACAAAAGAAGAUGUCAGGGAGCUCAUAUACCGAGAAAUUCUCGAAUAUCAUCCAAAGAUGUUGAAAGAAUUCCUGGAAGGAACAGAGUCAGCUGGUUUCAUGUAUCCAAGUGCCGUUGAUCAGUUUAAAAAGCAGUUUGCAUACCUUGAAGAACAUUAUGGAAAUGGAGCAAAUGUUGCCCCACCUGAGAGGCAACAUGCAUCAUUACCAAGACCCUGUGUGCUUUAUUCAGAUGACAUGGUGCAUAACUCAACUGACAUCACUGAGGAUCUCUCUAAGUGCUUAAUCAAGGAAGCUGAGAACGUGCAACCAGAAGCCGAUCCAGUACCUAUGACAAGGGUCCCUAUUCAAGUUCCCCAACGGGUCCAAGGAUCUGCUGCCAGGCCGGGUAAAGCUGUUGGCUCAAUGUCGCGUUACAACAACUGCACAAUGACGGCCACCAACCUCUAUGAACAGCAAAGAAUAAUCAGAAACCCCAUUGUUUCUUCCCAUUACACAUCUUCUAAUGGUUCAUACCCUCGAAGAAACCCUAGCUGCAAGAGCGAGAGAGUAGACGAAGAGGGGCUCGAAGGACCCCAACCCCAUGUUGCUCGGAAAGUGGCUGCGGCACCGGAGGGUCCUAGUGGUCAUUGGUAGACACACGCGCUACUUAAUCAGGAUUCACUAUUAUUAGCCUGGCCUAUUCCAUUUAUAGUGACACCAAUUAGCUCGUGCUAUGUCAAUUGUAAAUACUCGCAUUGUUAUCAAGCUAUGGGAGUUCUAUUCAUCUCCGUCGGACAGGAGGAGGUCGUGAAAAGGAUACAGAAGGAAAAGCUUACUGAAAUAGACUGAUCUACUGCUUGCUCAACACGCAAGAACGGGAUCGGAGGUGGAAACAUUUGACAAUAUGUUGGUUUAUUAAUUUAGCUGUUGUUGUUCUUGUUAUUCAAUUGACACAGAGGACACGAAUUACACCGUGUUUGAUGUAUGCUUUUGUAAUUUUAUCUGUGACAAUUACUUUGUAAUUGUAAUAUUUCAAUCAUUACCAACUCUGUAAUCUUUAUAGAUAUGGAAGCAACAUGUAACUUUUGCUUGUUAUUAGACAUGUUCAUUUUA